AGAAAGGCGCAGUCGGGCCGGUCGUAGACCAGGGUCGUUGUCAGAUAUGCUGGGCUGUCACCAUAGCGGGUGUCAUGGCGUCCAGAGCCGCGAUACGCAGACACAGCUAUCACGGCUUGAGUAUACAGCAACUGAUAGACUGCUCGUAUUACCACGAGGAAAACAGAAGAAACUGCGGCACAGGAAGGCCCCUGAUUGAAGUGUUCGAGUUUCUAUGUAACAAGCACACGAAGCUAGCAACGGAUGCAGAUUAUCCCUCACUAAGGCUGAGGAAAAGUGCAAACAUAUCCCGGGAGUUGUUAGUUUGAAGAGCUUUAAUAAUGAGUGUGACAUGUAUGAAGAUGAAACGAAGUUAUUAGAAGCUUUAAACGACGGGCCAGUGGCGGCGCUAGUCUGGGCAGAACUGCUGUUCAACUACGACAGUGGCGUCAUCAGUUGGCGUUGCCAAGUUGGCGAAGACAUGCUAAACCAUGCAGUCCAGAUUGUAGGCUAUGAUACCGCCAGUAACCCGCCCUACUACAUCAUCAAGAACUCGUGGGGGGAUGACUGGGGGGAGGGGGGGUAUGUGAGGCUCGCUAUAGGGGACAAUCAGUGUGGGAUCGCGUACUCUGUUGGGGUUUUAGAAGUUUAGAUAAUUUACUAGUAUGUACAGUCAACCAUUUGGAACUAGGAGGCCACUGUGGAACUAUGUCAUAGUGACGUUAUAAAUCAGAUUGUGAGAAAUUUUUUCUACUUGUCGACUGUAAUCUGUCAAUUAGG